AUGGUCCUCCUCCAGUCUACGACACCGUUAACGGCUAUCCCAACCAAUUUGACAGUCCCACAGUUUCUGUUGGACGAAUAUCACCAUGUUACCCGACCUACACGCCUUGCACGAACUCCGUGUUUGAUCGACGAUGAUACGGGGCAAGUGGUCUUUAUAGAUGAACUACGAGCUCGUUCUCGAGACAUCGCGUCGGUCAUGUAUCAUCGGUUCAAAAUACAACACGAUGACAUAGUGUCCAUAAUGAGUUACAAUCAUAUUGACUUUGGCCCAUGUGUUUGGGCAACACACCGCGUGGGCGGCGUAGUAUCGACGCUAAGCCCUACGCUUGUAUUGGGGGAACUAGUGCAUCACCUUAACAUCGCUAAACCCUCUUUGCUGAUCGUUCAUGCUGACUGUUUGCUCAUGGCUGUAUCGGCGGCAUCGUCGAUUAACCUUGCUCUGGACCGUCUAAUCAUCAUCGAGGCGCCGGUUUGGAAGGAACCUGUCCCUUAUCACUCAUUGCACGAGUUGAUAGAGCAAGGUUCACACCUUCCGCCACCGGUCGAGAGAAUUCUGUGCGAAGGAGAAGGAAAACGAGCGAUUGCGUUUCUGGCACCUUCAUCUGGGACCACCGGCAUUCAGAAGGCCGUUUCUAUUACGCACUUCAAUGUUGUUAGUAUGAUUAUACAAGAGGCUACCUUUAAUAAGUUAAAUGAAGCAUACGCGCCGUGGAACGAGCAGAGAUUCAGACCAGGGGACGUCUGUGGCGGCUUUCUGCCGCUCUAUCACAUAUAUGGCCUUGUCUUCAAUCUACAUUAUAUGUUAUAUGCUGCAAUGUCACUCGUUCUCUCGAGGAAGUUUCAUUUCGAAAGCUUUCUUGCCACUUCUGUCCGAUUUAGUCGCACUCCGACCGCAGAUAUCGCCUUUCUUACUAGAUUGGUUCCUCCUCAGGCAGUCUUACUUUGUAAACAUCCAGCCGUCAAGAAUUAUAAUUUGUCAUGCGUGCGAUACUGCAUCAUCGCCGCGGCACCGCUGAGCGCAUCACUGACGGAAGAGCUUCUCACGGUAAUGCCCAACGUCCAGUUAGGUCAAGCAUACGGUAUGACCGAAACUUGUGGGGCCGUUAGCAUGUUCCCGGUAACUCAAAAGGUCGGAACGCUAGGAAGUGGAGGUCAACUUCUUCCAGGAACGACGGCUAAGGUGGUCAAAGAAGACGGAACUAUUGCUCGGGAUGGCGAAGUCGGCGAAUUGUUUAUUAAAGGCGGACAAGUAGCUCUCGGCUAUUAUGGGAACCCUACGGUGACCGCAGAGACUUUUGUUGACGGAUGGCUUCGUACUGGAGACCAGGUCAUGUUUAAAGGCGGGGACCUGUUCGUCAUGGAUCGCGUGAAAGAACUAAUCAAGGUCAAGGGAUUCCAAGUCCCACCCGCGGAGUUGGAAGGCCACCUGCUAACACAUACAUGUAUUGCUGAUGCAGCAGUCAUCGGCGUGGCGGACGAUUUCGCUGGAGAGCUUCCUCUUGGGUUCAUCGUCUUGAAACCAGCAGUUGACCGAGCUGUGAAAGAGGACCCGGCUUUUGCGGAAGAGGUUAGGUUUAACAUUUUCGAGCAUGUCGCAAAAUCGAAAUCUACUUACAAGUGGCUGACCGGAGGCAUCGUUUUCAUUGAUGCCAUUCCCCGUAACGCUUCCGGUAAGAUCCUUCGACGCCUUUUACGACAACAGACAAAGAAGCAUUCUCGUUCCUCUGUUUCUCCCCAAUGUCACGCUAAAAUGUAA